AUGGCAGAUUUGGAAGAUCCACUUGAUGCAUUUUUUAAAGAGAUUUCUCAACUAGAGGCCCAAAACACAGCUAACAAUGAGGAAGAUUCAAAUGACGGAGUUGUGAGUAAUGAUAAAAGUAGUAAUACUAAUGUUGUUCUAGAUUCUGAUGCAAAAAAUUCUUUCAAUACAUUAGGAUCGACAACAGAUAAUUCAGGGAAAUUUUUAAAGUCGGCAGUUAUUUCAUCUGCUCCUCAAUUAUACACGGAUUUCCAAGGGGCAAAAAAGUCAUCAACUAAUGAAACUGUUACACAACUUAAACCAUUAGCUCUUCCAAGUGAUGUAGAAUUGGUAACACAAAAAAAGAAGGCUGAGGAGGCAUACAGAAAUAGUUAUCUUGGCCAAGUAAUGCGCGGUGAAAAGAAAAUGAAAAGGUUUAUUAGGUGUGCUGGAGGACAAAAAUGGGAAGAUCCAUCAUUAGCUGAAUGGGAUCCAAAUGAUUUUCGAAUAUUUUGUGGUGAUUUAGGAAAUGAAGUCAAUGACGAUUUAUUAACAAGAACAUUUAGAGAUUUUCCAAGUUUUCAGAAGGCGAAAGUUAUUAGAGAUUCAAGAACAGGUAAAUCAAAAGGAUAUGGAUUUGUUUCAUUUCGUAAACAAGAAGGUUUUAUUAAAGCAAUGAAAGAAAUGGAUGGAAAAUAUGUUGGAAAUCGUCCAAUAAAAUUAAGAAAAAGUAAUUGGGAUGAAAGGAAUUUGGAAAUCGUUAAAAAGAAGAAACGUGAAAAAGCCAAAAUGGGUUUAUGUUAA